CAGUAAUAAAGGAAAAUUUGCGAACCCCUUUGUCGCAGACCAUUGCUGAAAGCCCUUCUUUGUUCGUUUAAACAAACUUGCACAUUGUGCUAAAAAACAAAACUUCUCCUUUAAAUCAGUUUCUUCCCAGUGAGUAAAAAAGUCCACAGAGGAUCUUUUGUCCUGCCUGCCGACUGAUUCUAUCAGGAAAAGUCAGAUUGUUUUGAUACGAUGUCAGAACAAACAAAGAAUUCCUCUCGGGUGGAGCCUUUCUCUGCUCUCUAACCGGUUUGUCAUGGCAAACACGGCCUGACGGUGGUUGUCAGGGUUCCACCGUCGACAUGCGCAGGCAUCUGGAGCUGGCAGGCCUUGGUUUGGCCCUUUCCGGGUGGCUCUGCGCCAUUUUGACCCGCUGCACGGCCUUGUGGACGGUGAUCGGCACCGUGGACAACUCCACAGCUAGUCUGCCGGUCUAUUGGGACGGGGCUUGGCUGGAAUGGAACCACUGGGACCUGCUCCAAGACGGUCAGCUGCACUGCUCCUUUUAUCAGUCGUUAUUGUCGCUUUCUGGAAGCUUCCGAACAUGGAGGGCACUCAUCAUGGCGGCGGUGGGUGCCGGGGCUUUUGCCACGUUGGUGGGCGCAGCUGGUGUCAUGUGGUUCCCAAAACGGGGUCAGGUCAAGGUGUUCUCCGGGGCAGCGUACAUCUUAUCAGGAGUCCUGAUUCUGAUUCCAACCGCCUGGACCUGCCACCACACCAGCCAGCCGCUGGAGGGAGCGACGCACCUGAAAAGGGACUGGGGACCGGCGCUUUACUUGGGAUGGGUCGCCUUUGGGCUCAUGAUGGUUGGUGGGGCCGUGCUCACCACGCUGUGUCCCACCACUGAGGAGGUAUCAACCAGGGCUAUUGAAGGUCCGACACCUCCAUACCCUGAGGAUGAGGUGAUGCACCCCCUCAGCAGUAUCAACAGGGCCACCUUUACACAUAACCAGUACCAACAUAGAUCCAUGCCCGUCUGACGUGCAGGAUGCGGGUAUCCAUCCUUUAGUUUUCUAAAGGGCUUGGCUUUGUUUUGUGAAGGUGAGUUGAGUUUGGGCUGGAUUUGUCACGGCUCAAUCAAAGGUCAAUAACACUGAAAUGUGCAUGGAGGAAUAUCUAAGGCUAGGUUCAUACUACAGGUCUUAAUGCACGAAUCCGAUUUUUUCGUUUUUUCCCACUCGAGUCAUGCAUUAACUUGUCGGUCUGAAAGGGACAAGUCUCAUAGAAUUGGACUAUUUCAAAUCCAAUCUGAGUCACUUUCGUAUGUGGUUCAAAUCCGAUCUGAGUCACAUUUUUUCAGAACGUGACUGGCGGUCUGUACUGUCAAGACUCCCAAAUCGGAAUUCAUGCAGCAAUUACGUCAGCAAAGAGAAAGAGGCACGGAGGACGGCAGCCAUGCAGGCUUCUUUCAAGCACGAAGCGGGCUUGACCAAGCGGGUCUCUUUGCUGAUCUCGGACUGCAAAUUAGUGCGCACGCGUGAUACUUGAACUGUAUCAGUGAACAAAGGCAGUCUGAACGGGCAUGCCAAAAAAACAGAUAUGGCAAAAAAAUGCAUUAAUUAAGACCUGUAGUAUCAACCAAGCCUAAGUCUGCUAUACUGUGAAUUCCGUUUUACCGUUAUAAGCCCUCCCACUCAAAAUGGAUUAGACGUCUAGAGCUAUCAAGAGUAAUGAAAAAUGAGCAUCAACAGCCAGUCCUCUUAGUUUUUAUGAAUUGGAUGUCUCUCGUUGUCAACGGCAGGCAAUUAGUUAAACAUGGAGGACCAAAUGGGACAGAGAGAAAUCUCUAAACACAUCUUUAAAUGUGUCAUUGAUUUAAAUUGGCAUUUAAUAAAUGUUAUUAAUUGUGUCAUUAAAUCAUUAAAAUACAAGCUCAUUUAAUGUAAAAACAUAUACCGUAAUUUUCGGACUAUUAGCCGCCGCCCACCAACUUUGACAUGAAAACGGCAUUUGUUCAUAGAUAAGCCACACUUGAUUAUAAACCGCAGCUGUCCACAUUGUGUUAUGGGAUGUUUACAUCAAAAGAUAUUGAUCGGUAACACUAUUUGACAGCGGCAUCAUAUGACUGUCAUAAGACCAAAUGAACCACAAUGAAGCUUUGAACCAAUUAGCUGCCAAGAUUCAUUGCUUCAAGAAGGUUCAUUUGGCCACCACUGCUCCCUUGGGGGGAGACAGUCAACCUCUACUGCCACCUGCUAUUAACACUGUUGUUGUCCAUGCCUCCUAGCAUGCAUUGCAGCGCUACAGAUGUUAAUUCAAUCAAAAUUCAUGUUCUGGGCUAAAUAUUUCUUCAGUUACUGUUCCAGUUGUUUCAUUAUUUGCUAGUAUUUGGUAACACUUUAUUUGACAGUGGCGCCAUAAGACUGUCAUCAGACAAUCAUAAUUAUGACAUGACACUGUCAUGAGCAUUUAUGAAUGCUUAUAAAAGAUGUCAUUUAGUGUUAUCUGGCAAAUUAUCUCACCUUUGAAUGGAUGUAAAAGAUCCAAGCUGGACAUAAAUGGAGUGAGUGACAGAAUUUGCCGGAUGACACUUAAUGACAUAAGCAUUUAGUAAUAUCCAAGAUAGUGUCAUGUCAUAAUUAUGACAGUCUUAUGACAGUGUUAUGACGCCGCUGUCAAAUAAAGUGUUACCUAUUAACCCAUAUAAAUCAACUAAUUAGCUACAUUGGAGUACAAGCCGCAGUAUUCAAAAUGAAGGAAAAAAGUAGCUGCUUAUAGUCCGAGAAUUACGGUAUAAAUGUUUUACUAUAUAACGACCUAUUUCAUGGACAUAUGUUGCUAUGUUGUAUGAAUUUUAUUUUAUUUUUUAUUGAAAUCAUUGGCUGCCAUGGAUGACACAAGAUGCCCAAGUCAUUUUACAAUUUUUGCAGAUAUUGUAUUUUAUUUAUAACCCCCCCACCUAUAAAUUCAAUUUUGUUUGCAGGAUUUCUUUUUUUAAGCAGAAUUUUACUUACCGUACUUUAUUUCACUUUUUUUUUGGCCACUUUUUUUUCCUGAACAAAAUGUCAUGAUUUUAUUUUAAAAGCAGAUUUUCCCUUGUUUUGCAUGAUUUCGCUUUUUUUAAGCAGUUUUAUUUUUUUAAACCUCAAGUCAAAAUGGAUUGGACAUCUAAAACAGUUAUGGGCAUUGAAACAUGAGCAUCCACAGUCUGUCCUCCAAGUUUAAAUCAAUUGGACGUCUAUCUUUGUCAAUGACAAGCAAUGAGUAAAAUACCAUGAAAUGCAUGUAUUGUAUGGAAAAACACUGAAAUUGUGACUGUUAUAAUUGUAUUUAUUUCAUUUUUCUAAUGUGAAAUGUGUCACUAGAAUGUACUGUUUACGGUUUACUUAAAAAAUAAGGUGUUAAUAAAUCAGAAUUAUUGAUAGAAUUCGGGUAUAUUGUCUCCUUCUUUAUUAUUGUUGUUUCUUCUACAAGUAUUUUUGCUCCUAAAAGUAGACCAUUAUUCUAUUCAAAUUACAUUUUUGCAACAUUUACACUUAAUAUUUCCUUAAAUUACAACUUCGCCAUCAUUCAUAUCAUGGUAAUAUUUGUAAUUUUACAGUCAUGAA